AUGGGCAGCGCCCGGUCUCGCCCCCGGCUCCGGCCCCGACCCCGGGCCCGGCCUCGGCCGGCGCUCUGCGCGCUCCUGCUGCUCCUGCUCCUGUUGGCCGCAGCCGUGCCCAGGUCAGAACCAAAUGACAUCCUGGGCCUUCGAUUGCCACCAGAGCCUGUGCUGAAUGCCAACACGGUAUGCCUGACAUUGCCAGGGCUGAGCCGACGCCAACUGGAAGUGUGUGUGCGCCACCCGGAUGUGGCAGCCUCUGCCAUCCAGGGCAUCCAGAUUGCCAUACAUGAGUGCCAACAUCAGUUUCGGGACCAGCGCUGGAAUUGCUCCAGCUUGGAGACCCGAAACAAGAUCCCUUAUGAAAGUCCCAUCUUCAGCAGAGGCUUCCGAGAGAGCGCCUUUGCCUAUGCCAUUGCAGCAGCUGGUGUGGUCCAUGCCGUGUCCAAUGCCUGUGCCCUGGGGAAGCUAAGGGCCUGCGGCUGUGAUGAGGCUCGUCGGGGGGAUGAGGAGGCUUUCAGGCAGAAGCUGCACCAACUACAGCUGGAUGCUUUACAGAGGGGCAAGGGCAUGAGCCACGGGGUCCCGGAGCAUCCGGCCUUGCCCCCUGCUGCCCCUGGACUCCAGGAUGCCUGGGAGUGGGGGGGCUGCAGCCCAGAUGUCAGCUUUGGAGAAAGGUUCUCCAGGGACUUCUUGGACUCCAGGGAGCCACACAGAGAUAUUCACGCCAGAAUGCGUCUCCAUAAUAACCGAGUUGGGAGGCAGGCAGUCAUGGAGAAUAUGCGCCGGAAGUGUAAAUGCCACGGCACAUCGGGCAGCUGUCAGCUGAAGACCUGCUGGCAGGUGACCCCCGAGUUCCGGGCGGUGGGCUCCCUCCUUCGAGCCCGCUUUCAGCGCGCCACACUGAUCCGGCCCCACAACCGCAAUGGUGGCCAACUGGAGUUGGGCGCGGCUGGGGGUCCCCUCCCCUCCCCAGGAUCGCCCCCAGCUCGCCGGCGAGCCAAUCCCACAGACCUGGUCUACUUCGAAAAGUCCCCGGAUUUCUGUGAGCGAGAGCCCCGGCUGGACUCGGCGGGCACGGCCGGCCGGCUGUGCAACAAGAGCAGCACGGGGCCGGACAGCUGCGGAAGCCUGUGCUGCGGAAGAGGCCACAACAUUCUGCGGCAGACGCGCAGCGAGCGCUGCCACUGUCGCUUUCACUGGUGCUGCUUUGUGGUCUGCGAAGAGUGCCGAAUCACCGAGUGGGUCAGUGUGUGCAAGUGA